GCAGGGAGGAGCGCUGCAGUGAAACUGGGAAAGGCUGGCAUCUUCCUCCUUUAGUAAUCCUUCAGUCCUGCCUCAGCGUGGGAUGCUCUCUCUUUAAAGUCCACGGCAGAUUUUUAAUUUCCUGAAAACAAUGCCACCAAAAAACAAACGGAUAUACUUCAAGAUUAUUUGUCCUGGGUCAAACUGAUAAAGACUCCAGACUGGAUUUUUCACUUUCCUCCAACAAUACGUGACUGCAGCAACUUUGACUUUCUACUUUCAACCAAAUAAAAAAACAAGCAAAUGAUGAGAGAUCUCUGUUAGUUUUUGGUCACCAAAAAGUGCAAACAAGGACGUCCAUUGUGUUACCUUUCUGCUAGAACAUCAGAAGAGACAGCAAGCACGCCUUUUAGUUCCUGCAUUAUUAAAUGCUGAAAUAGCUGUAAUGGCGGACCAUUACCAGAACAACGUGUACCACCAGGGAGGCGGGGACAGCUAUGGGAGUUACGGAGAAGGCGGCGGUCCUGACGGCUACGGUUACCAGGCAGAUUAUCCUCCUCAGGAAGAGGACGCAGCGAGCGACGUGACGGAGGGACACGAUGAUGAAGAUCAGAUGUACGAAGGAGAAUACCAGGGGAUUCCACAUCCCGAUGAGGUGAAGGCCGCACAGAGAGCCGCACGGGCAAAGUCCAGAGAAGGCGGCAGCGCCGCGUCCGAGCUGGAGGAGUUAUCGGAGCAGUAUGAGGACAUCAUGCAGGACUGCGGCCACGGGAAGUUCCAGUGGAUGCUCUUCAUGGUGCUGGGUCUGGCUCUCAUGGCCGACGGAGUCGAAUGCUACGUGGUGGCGUUCGCUCUGCCGUCAGCCGAAAAGGAUCUUUGUCUGUCCAAUGCGGAGAAAGGGAUGCUGGGUCUGGUGGUCUUCCUGAGCAUGAUGGUCGGAGCGUUCCUCUGGGGCGGUCUGGCUGAUAAAACCGGCCGUCGGCGCUGUCUGAUUUUAGCUUUAGGCAUAAACUGCAUCUUUGCCUUCCUGUCAUCGUUUGCUGGUGGCUACGGCUUCUUCCUCUUCUUCAGGCUGCUUUCUGGGAUUGGCAUCGGCGGCACGGUGCCCAUCGUCUACUCUUACUUCUCCGAGUUCCUGCAGACGGAUAAGAGAGGGGAGCAUCUGUCCUGGCUGUGCAUGUUCUGGAUGUUCGGUGGGAUUUACGCCUCAUUCACCGCCUGGGGAAUCAUCCCGAGAUACGGGUGGGGGUUCAGUAUGGGCACAGAGCUCCAGUUCCACAGCUGGCGGGUCUUCGUCAUCAUCGCAGCUCUUCCGGCCGUCACGUCUCUGGUUGGACUCACCUUCAUGCCUGAGAGUCCCCGCUUCCUGCUGGAGCAUGCCAAACACGAUGAGGCGUGGAUGAUCCUGAAGCAGGUUCAUGACACCAACUGGAGAGCCAAAGGGAAACCGGAGAAAGUCUUCACUGUGACUCACAUUAAGGCGCCCAAGAUGGCCGAAGACGAACUCAUCGAGAUUCAGAGCGGCACUGGAACACCGGUGCAGCGCUGGGCCGUUCGCUCGCUUACACUGUGCAAACUGGUGCUGAGGAACAUUGCGUCCCUGCUGUCUGCAGAGCUGAGGUUUGCCACUCUCUUCAUGGCCAUCAUCUGGUUCUGCAUGGCCUUCAGUUAUUACGGCCUGUCUGUGUGGUUCCCCGACAUGAUCAAACACCUGCAGUACGAGGAGUACGAGACCAAGGUGAAGACGUUCCACAGAGAACGAGUGGUGGACGUCAGAUUCGACUUUCCCUUGAAGAACCAGAUCCACAGAGAGGGAGAAUACAAACGGGACACGUUCAUCGGCAUCGAGAUGAAAUCAGUGACGUUCAAAGACUCCCUGUUCGAUAAUUGCACCUUUGAGGACAUCCGGUCCACAAACACGGUGUUCGAGAACUGCACCAUCCUCUCCACCGUCUUCUACAACACAGACCUGUGGGAGGAGAAGUUCAUCGACUGCCGGAUGGAGAACACCACGUUUGAGCACAACAAACAUGGCUGCCACCUGGAUUCAGUGGAGGAGAACGACGUGUUAAUCUACCUGGUCAGCUUCCUGGGCAGCCUGGCCGUGUUGCCGGGCAACAUCAUCUCUGCGCUGUUCGUGGAGAAGAUCGGCAGGGUCAAGAUCAUAGGUGGCUCCAUGCUCAUUUCUGCCGGAUGCUCCUUCUUCCUGUUCCUGAGCUUCAGCCAAUCAGCAAUCAUCGCCUUGCAGUGCAUGUUCUGCGCCGUCAGCGCCGCUGCGUGGAACGGCAUCGAGGUGGUGACCGUGGAGCUCUACCCGACUUCGAAAAGGGCGACGGCGUUCGGCGUGCUGAACGCGCUCUGUAAGUUGGCCGCCAUCCUCGGCAGCUCCAUCUUCGCCAGCUUCGUGGGGAUCACCAAAGCCAUCCCUAUCCUUCUGUCCUUCGCCGCCCUGGUGUGCGGCGGCCUGGUGGCCCUCAAGCUGCCCGACACGAGGCAGAAAAUCCUGCAGUGAUUUCCGCCGCGGCGUCCGGAGGCAGAAGAAGCGAGUCCGCUUCACGUUGGAAGCUGUCGGACUUCAUGUUGCUCUCUGCAGAAGGCGAGAACAGAAACACCGCAGCUGUUCAGGUCCAACGCCAAGCGCUCGUUUCUUCACGUGAACCACAUCCAUCUGUACAGAGUGGAGGAAGGAGGAGUUAUUGUUUCCGGCUCAGUCCAUCACCCGGCGGUGUAGCUACUGAUGACUGAUCAUGACUCGAUCCAUCCUCUACUUCCUGUCAGCAGCAGCUCCAUGCAUGAGGAGGAACUUCGCCUUCCAGCAGUUUCACAAACUUCCUGUUUGUAUGUUGAUGCUGUGAAAGAUGCUUAAGUUUUCAACCCCUGAAGUUCAAAAGCAGCAGUUUCUAAAAUCUAAUUUACUCUAAAAUCUGCCAACAAAGAGAGUUUAUGCUCUGGAACCUGGAUUAGACGUUAAAGAUCUUUGAAAUGAUUCAAAACAGAUCUGAAGUCACUCCUAAUAAACAAUGUGUGAUUAUUAGUCACUGAAGUAACUCUUUAGUCAUGAUGUUACACUGCAAAAACACAAAAUCUUACCAAGUAACUUUAGUCUAGUUUCUAGUGCAAAUAUCUCCGUACAUUUAAAAUACAAAAAACUUGACUUACAAGUAGCUUUUCAUCCAGAUAUAAAAACUUGCUUUGAGUCAAUAAUUCCUUAAAAGUGAUUAAAAAACUACCAGCUACACUGGAAGAUUAUUUUAUUUAAGACAUUUUUCCCUGCUGAUUUAUGUGAUUUUAUCUGUCUUCUAUGACAGUCACAUUAAUUCCUAAUAAAUAUUCCCUGAUUAUGUUUUGAAAACCAGAAUAAUUAGUGGGUAAAUAAAACAUCUUCCAGGAGGAGUGAUUCCGGAUCUUUUAUUCCAGAACUGUGGUUACCAACCAGCUGAAUUUAAUCGUAUUUAAUUGCAGUUUUAGCGAUUUUUCACAAAUUAUAAGGUUAAUUUCUAAGUAUUAAUAUCAAAUUGCAGCUGCUACAUCCCACAGACGGAUUUUAACUCUCAUCCCAUGAAACUAACCGGAGCUUCUGAUCAAACAGCUGUUUAUCCGUCCCAGAGUCCAGCUGUGUGUCUUCCUGUCCUGUGUGUCCUGCAUGAGAACCUCCGUCCUGACUGUGCUGGAUCUUCUCAGAAAGACAAACCUAUCUGUGUGUAACUUUAACAGUUUCUGUGUGCUCGGAGUUGAUUUUGUUUUCACCGUCUAGCUUGUUUUUUCUUCUGAUUUCUGCUGAUGUGCGUUACCGCCAUCUUUGGUUUUCCCCCCUCACAUUUUCACUCAAAAUGGAAUCGAUCUGAAUGUUGUUACAGUGCCAUCUAGUGGACAAAAUAGACAAUCAUAUCCAGGACUGAGACAUUUUUGAAUUUCUUUUAAAUCAAAGUUUCCCAUCGGCCUGUUGCUUGUUUUUGUGUCUGUUGGGGUUUUUGACUCUGUGGCACACGUAUGUUUUAUUUAUCUUGUUCGGUUCUGGUUCUGGUUGUGUAGGUGGCUGCAUGUCUGUCUGGUGUUUUCUCUUGGCUCUGCGUUUUCAACAUAAUAUGUAAGUGUAACGUGGUCUGAGUGUGAUCUGUGUUUUUACUCAAUAAAAAGGAGAGAUGAGCACCGGAACACCAAA